AUGACUCGAGUGAGUGAGGAGCAGAGUCGCAAGAGACAAAACGACCGCGCAGGCGUUGUGGCCAUCCUGUGUUUGCCAUUCACCCAAUUCUUCCCCCAACUUUUGCUUACCGCCGGAGCUGCAUGUGGCUGGACAUUCAUCACGCACCUCUACUCGCUGAUUGGCCGGGUGUUCUUGUGCCAACGUGCAAGCAUGUGGCAUCCGGAGCGCCUGUACGAUUUGAGCCUAUCAUGA